CUACGCCGGGAGGGGGGGUAUGAGCGGGGCUGACGCCCCGCUGUGCCGGUCGCCGGCCCGCGGCUGCGGCCACCAAGAGCCCCCCGCGGCGGUUCUGUCAGACGGUGAAGGCUGCCCGUCCCCUACGCCUCCUGCUCGGAGGAAACACUAAUAUUAGGAAAUGGCAGAAGCAGUUUUUCAUCCCCCAAGAAGGAAAAGAAGAGUUUUUGAGUCGUAUGAGUCUCCCUUUCCUGUGGAUGUAGGUGGGAAGGAUUUCAGAAUAUGCCAGGCUGAAAUCAUUAACAACAAUGUUAUUGUGAGGAACCCUGAAGAUAUUGAACAGCUGUAUAACAAGGGCUAUUUUGGAAAAGGUAUCCUUUCAAGAAGUCGACCAGUGUACAGCAUUUCAGAUCCCUUACUGGUUACUAAGUGGCAAGGUGUUAACAUAAACAUGCCUAUAAUUGCAUCAAAAAAGUACCAGUGUCGUGUUCAGUGGGCUAAAAGUAUUUUGCAAGAGCAAGGAUUUGAUGACUGCUCGGUUACCAAAAUUCUUGAAAAUUACACUAAGCCUCUUAAGCUGCUGGUUUUGGAAGAGGAUGGAGCUGAACAAACCGGUAAUAGUUGCGACAGAAUGGGCCCAAAUACAGAAAAUGCAGAACUUUCCAGACAAUCUUCUACAGACACUGGAAAUGUAGUAGCCCCAAGUCCUGAGAAUCAGAAUGAAGGCUACAAGAAAGCCUGUUUGGGAGGAGAUCCAGCGUUUGAUCCUGUGGCCAUAUGUGGCUCUAAACAACAGGAACAAGAUGACUCAAAGGAGAUAGCUGAAGUGUCUUGCCAGAAGCAUGGUUUUCUCGUGCAUUGUGGCUGCAAGGCUAAGGAGAGCACAGAGCAAAGAUCUUGUGAGAUGAUCAAGUCAAAAGAAUGUGCUCCAGAGUAUGUAUUGGUGCAAGAGGAAGAAGAAGGUAGCUUAUGUCCUGAAGAUGAGUCUGCUCAUGCUCAAGAAAAUCUUGUCAAGAAGGAAAAACUAGUAUGCAGAAGAAAUCCAUUUAGGAUUUUUGAAUAUUUACAACUCAGCUUGGAAGAGGCUUUUUUCUUGGUGUACGCUCUGGGAUGUUUAAGUAUUUAUUACGGUGAGGAGCCCCUAACUAUUUUGAAGCUAUGGGAAGUUUUCAGCGAAGUGAAGCCCAAUUUUAAAACUACCUACAUGGCGUAUCACUACUUCCGCAGUAAGGGUUGGGUCCCCAAAGUCGGACUGAAGUAUGGAACUGAUCUCUUGCUGUAUCGAAAAGGCCCCCCCUUCUAUCAUGCAAGUUACUCUGUCAUUGCUGAAUUAGUUGAUGAUAAUUUUGAAGGUCCUCUUUGCAGACCACUCAGCUGGAAGUCCUUGUCUGGGUUGAACAGAACAACUGUUAAUGCUUCUAAGGAACUUAUGUUAUGCUAUUUGAUUAGACCAUCUGACAUGACUGAAGAAGAGAUGUUGACACCAGAAUGUAUGAAAAGAAUUAAGGUUCAGGAACUGAUUGUAACUCGUUGGGUUUCUUCCCGUGAGCGCAGUGAGCAAGAUGAACUUUGACUGACUGUAUAGGAAAAACUUAUUUUUUUAAAAACUACUUCUUGUUUUUUACCUGAUCUUCUCAUGAUGAACCAUUGCCUCAGAGCAGUUUCUAUGAACAGAUUCAGUUGGUAUGUAUAAAUGCUAUUUAAAAUGAGGUAUAUCCUGUUUACUGGAGAGAAUGUUGUAUUGAAAACAUAACUGAACUAUAAUAAUGCACAUGAAGGGUAAAAAAUUAAAGCUGUCCCCGAACUCAAAGUACUUGUUUGUUUUAUUAAAACUUACAAACAUGUAUGUUUGAAUGGUGGCUAGACUGCAGUCAUUAGUGAUGGUGUUUUUAAUAUUCUGACAGAUCUAGGCAUUAGUGCUGAAUAGGCACUGUGGCCUGCAGAGCCACUGAAGUCCAAAACCUCUACGUCUGCCUGAAAGCCUAAGCAAUGAGUGAUCAGUUUUCUGGGAACACCUCACAGAUUAUUCAGAGAUGAACUUGGGAAUUGUAAGACUAACUUCGUUUUGUAGCUCAGCACAGGGUCCUACAUUUCUUCAGAAAUGAGAACUUAAAUUUGAUAAUCCUCAAGUUUAAUGCUGUUUUUUAACUGGUUAAAAGCCAGCAGUAAUUAGAGCGAGCCAAAUAACCUUUUGGGAUACCUAUGGUACCAUUCUGUUUCAACCGAAACCUGACUUCAUAGCCUUGAUGAAAUUGCACAAACUGAGCUUUGGGGAGAGAGUUGGUUGUUGCAAUAUUGAGCAUUGUAACACGUUGCUGUUAAGUGCCUAGACCCUGGAAUUCGGUGGCUUAUUUUCACAAGCACUGCUCAGAAUUGAGGAACUCUUCCCAGAAUGUGCAAGGAUUUAAAUUAAUUCUGGGGUCUAAGCACCUAACAGCAAAGUUAAGUGUUAGGCACCUUUCCCCACUAGGGUAAGAUGUCUGUCUUUCCCUGGGGUUUGCAGCGUAAGAUUCCUCCUUGAAAGGAAGGGCCUAAUCUUGCCCCAUGGCAGCAAGAUGCCCUGACCAUGAGUUGAUGCCCUUUACUUUUGCUGAAGGUGGGUUACUGUGCAGAAAAUAAUGAAGAUUUGCUGAGCUGGUGAGAGGAAGUCUGUCUCUCUAGCUUGGCAAGUGUAGGUCUCAGUUUCAUCACUGUUUCUUUCUCUUUUAUCCAGUAACUACAACGGUCUAUACGCUUGGUUUUUUUCAUAGUGCACUCAUAGCUCUCUGCCCUGGCCUAUCACAUGUAGUAAAACAGACUGGGAGACACUGCUGUGUUUUGUAUAGAGUGAGGUAUAGGACAGUGCUGAGCAGUUCUGUCUUGCUACACUAGAUGCCUGCUAUUUUCUAACUUUUUUGUAAGAUUUAGUCAUCUAGAUUGCAUGUUCCUAAAUAAAAUGCUUACUAUUGCUAAGCCAAUUUGGAAAACAAACCAACCAACCGAGGAAGUAUUCAGCUGUCUUUCAAGUAGAGCCAGGAGGUUUAAGUAUCAACUGUGCUGCAUUUUAAGUAUUGCUGUGUUAGAUUCAGGCAUUUGAAUUCCAUCUUAGUCUUCGAACAAUAGGCUUCCUUGCAUCACUGUGCUGUUAAGAUUUAUUUAUCUCCCCCCCACCCCGCCCCGGGUUGUGAGAGAAGUCAUUUACUGCAACAGUAGGCAUACAUUAUAGCUGAUGACAAUGACACCGUUUUGGAUUGUCUUUGUGCUGUUUUCAUUCACUGUAAAAGGGGUUUUGCCUCCUGGUCGCAGGAAAUUUUCCAGGGCUGGUAAAAAUUCUGUCAACUUGGACUGUUCCCACCAAACACAAAACCACAAUCUUGUUUACUUAGGCAGUUUAGAUUGUGAAGUCACGUCAUGAAUGCAGGAAACUACAUACAACUCAAAGUGGGAGAUCUUCUAGUCUUUGCUUUCCUUUAAUACGACUGCUACUGGAAAGAUGUAAAAUGAGAAUGUUAAUUGCCUAAUAGCUUUUUCAAGCUGAACAGGUAUGUAUGCGUUGACUGUACAUGGCAAGGUGUUUUAUUUCUAGCUGCAGAUAACUGUACUUCAUGUUUCGGUACUGUUGUAUCAAAUAACUUACACUAGAUAGUUGUACCAUAGCACUGAUGCUUGCCAUUGUAUUUGUAUUUUACCAAUAAAAUACAGUACUUAGA